AUGCUGAACCCGGGGGAGGUGUGUGGGCACUCGACCUCAGGUCGUCCCUUCGGUGGCUGCGUACGACUGCCUGGCUACUUUGGCGGUGCCUGCGCCAACUGCAAGUGGUCGGACCACGCUGCUCGCUGCACCCUCCCUGUUCCAGGUGAGCCCGCCUUUGAACCAGCCACGGUGACCGAGCUGCCUGAGGCCCUGGCGAUUGAGCUUCUGGAGGACUAG